AUGACAGCCGCAGAGACAUUGCUCAUCUUCGCGCAUUACCGCGAGGAUGAACAUAUCCUGCAGCGUUUGCCAUUGCAUAAGUUCAACUCGCAGAAAGAUCAUCUAGGACUUCUCCGUUGUCUUUUUCGCGUAGCGUUGAAAGAGCGUCAUCAACUGCGUAUAAGACAACCUAAAUACGCCGCAGCGCCGCUUAACAUCAAUGACGUUGUCAUUAUCGCUGACGAAAAGCUGCCUAGAAGUCAUUGGCCAUUAGGGCUUGUAGUAAAGAUCGUAGCGGUUCAGAUGGCGAAACGCACGUAUCCAUCAGAUUCGCACAGGCAGCAGAAAGAUCUAACACCGCAGCUGCCGCAGAGAACGCAACCCAGUCGAGUCGCAAAGACGUACCACGAGUUCAUCCGAAGCUGA